GGCCGAUCCCACUGCAAGUAAAAACUCGAUUUUUGUUCAUUUUUCAUCUGCUCGCCAAAAAUAUGGCGGCCCCGCUAGCCUCCUCGGUUUGCUGCACCUGGUGAACCCCAUCGAUCAGUGAGUUCCACCUCAGUGCCACAACAUCGUGUUCCCCACAAAAAAAACAUCAACACCUGUGACUCUAAAACCGCGUCCACGUGACCCUGUAUUAUUGCCUCUUGAUUCAAUCACUUCUAUAACCUCGAAAAUUGUUUUCUCGCCCCCAACAGUGUUUCGUUGCGCGCGCACACCCAUUAGUCCAAAAAAUAAUGUGUCAAAAAACCUCAGCCGCGAAGUACCCACCUCCCACCACCGAGGCAUUACCAAAAAAUCAAACCCCAGUAGAAAAAUUAAAGCCGUCAAAAUAAAAACCCAAGGUUCCCUCCCAGGCAAUUACUCCCCCAAGCGAGUAAACAAAGUGUGAUACUCCGAAAAAACAACAGAUAAAUUCAAUGUUGAAGUGAAAAUUCAAGCCAAAAAUCAAUGAAGUGAAGUGAAGACAUGGCAUACGCACCUUUGCCGAAAUUGGUGCCAAUGGGAAGCCCAAGAGUAGCAGCAGAGGAGGUAUCCAAGGUGAUGUAUCCAGAUCUGCUGCAUUCAGAGCCAGUGCAGCGUCUGCUCAAUCAACCCCAUAUCGUGAUAAAGCCGAUCAACAUUCCGGAGAUUUCAUCCCCCAAGUCUCCCCAUAAGAAGCGAAAAUCGAGUAAUGAGAGACGUCCUAGACCGGACAUAACCAUGUCAUUGGUGGACACAACUCCCGAGGAUUUUUUGCAGCCCCUGAAACCUCCGAAGUGUCCCUUGGAGCCACUGGAGCCUCUGGAGAGGACCUUGGGGGCCCAGGAGGAUGCCGACGACCCCUUAAAGCCCUUCUACCUCCCCUCGAAAUUUGAUGGUGACUCUGGGAUUUCCCUGCACCCCAUAAUCAACCAUAGGAGGAAGUGCGGCCACUGGGAGCCCUGCGAGACCAUUAUCUGCGAUGUCAAUGUCCAGCAAUACAUCGAUAGUACAGGCUCAUCUCCAAUGAUUGCAACGAAUAUCACAGACUCCGAAAUAACAGCUCCUGUGACCAAACACUGUGAGAAUGCUCUCUGCGACGCCCUCAACAUCGACCACAAUCGUUGCAGGAGACUGAAGCUCAAAUUAAAUCGUUGCGACAAAUUCAAUGUCUGCGACAUAUGCGGGGCUAUACUUAAGAACCGGAAGACGAGGGUUCAUCACAGAAAGUGCAAGAGACGAGAUGAGUACAGACACAAUGAGGUCAAUGGAGCGCAGUUACUCAAGGAGAGGAUGAGGGAAAGAGAGAUUCAGAUAAUGGAGGCUAUCAGGACCAAGAGGAAAGACUACGUCAAGGCAGAAAAUGAUAAUGACAGGGCAGCUGAGUGCUUGAAAAAUAAUUCGGAGCUUAUUCUCAUACCCAAAGCACCGGUCCAGGGAAAUCAGCCGUUUAUAUCUGUGAAGAAUCUGAGUUCCAUGUCGGCCCUCACUCCAACCGUUCAAAAUCUUCCAGCCGUUCUCCAGCCCCAGCCUCAGCACCCGAGAAUCUUUGUUAACAGCGCCAAGUUGAUUGCUCCUAAAUCCGAUAAGAAUCUUGUCCAGCCAGCUAACAAUUCGAUAUCUUCGAUAUCUAAUUUGGAAACUGGAAAUUCACAGAGUCAGGAUCAACUUAUCGGGGAUUCUGCACAGCCCAGGGCUAUAGCCUAUCCUUUGAACGUCAAUAAUUGGACGGCCCAGGGGGCACCAGUGACGUCGAAGCCUAUGGUUAUGCCCAUCACCGUCGUCCCCAUAGCCAAUCUUAAAAGCGAGCCCUCCAUGCUCCACAGGAAGGAGGGAAUUCCAAGGUUUUGCAUUAUUGCUAAUAAUACCAUUCAGAUGCAGUCCUUUGUAACUGUACCAAAUGCCCAGACUGUCUCAAAUCCUGGGAAGUCGGUGUUUAUCAAACCUAAUCCUGUGAUGCCCAUCCGACCUGCCCCUGCGGGCAUCACUCGUCUCCCCAGGCCCGGGGAUAAAUUCAACAAGAUCGUGGCGAGGAGGAGAAUGAAGUACAAGAGGAGGAAGAAGGGAGAGAAAAAACCCUUUGAGUGUAGUUACUGCUCAAAAAGAUUCUUGACUGAUUGGUACUUCAAGGUGCAUGUCGCCAAGCACAGGGGGGAGAAGAGGGUCAGGUGCGAGAUCUGUGAGACUGUCUAUAAGAACGAUAGUGAGUUGAAGAAACACGUUAGCAGCGAGCACAGGAGCAAGGUUGAGGUCAAGGUGGAGGAGGAGGAGAUUGACGAGGAUCCAGAGUUUGAGGGUGGGGAGGAACAGGGUGAUGGAAUAUCAGAGGGAGAGGGAGAACAGGAAGGAGAACUGGCUGUGGAAGGAGGUGAGGGUGAGCAGAGGGGGGAAGUUGUCUGUGAAAACUGCCAGACGUGUUUUGAAACAAUUCUGGAUAUGGAGAAUCAUAGCUGCUUGGAUGUCAAUGGAGUGUUCACUGAGGUUGAGAUUAAGUAUGAGGAGGUCGUCGAAGAAGAGGACAUCCCUGAAGAUCCCGAGGACGACGGGAUUGAGGGGUAUGAGGGGCUGGAGGAGCUGGAGGAAAUAGAACAAUUCGAAGAAGUGAAUGGUGAGACUGACCCUUUGGGGAUAGAUGAAAUCAAUGACAGAGUCAAUGGGGACUUUGAGGAUUCUGAGAGCAAUGAACACCACUGGUUGACUGUGAAAUCCUGGCAUUCUGGGGGGGAUGAGGAUGAGGUCUCUCAGGUGUUCAUAACGGAAAGAAAACGCAAAAGGAAAUCAAUUUACCGAUGAGAUGACAAAACUCUGGAGACCGCAUCACAUUCGUAAACAUCAUAUGAAGAAUAUGACAUCACCGAGUGACUUAUGGUGAUAAUUUUUUAUACACAUGUGUUCUGAAUAAUGGAGUGAGAAUUAACAUAAUGUUAAUGUGGACCUCAAUUCUCCAUGCGGUGACGUGUCAAAGACAAUGUUUGAUAUCAAAUUGUGGAAUAGUUAGGGAAGUCGUUGGUGGGAGGACUGCUUCAGUUUCGGAUGCUAGUCAGCUGUGAGAAAUUAACGACAAUGGACACUUGGAAAUAUUCUCCAUUAGCAUCUUCUUUUUUAUUAAUCACUUCACACAUUAUUUAAUCGAGCAUUGAUGUUCCUCGAUCAGGAGUCCUGAUGUUUCCACUGUGCCUUUGAAUAUUAUUAAAAGAUAUCAAACGAGGAACUGUCAUUUUUAUUCUCGGAGUGCUGAUUUCUUUGACCUUUAUAUUUUUCGGUAAGACUGUAGUGGCUUUGCAUUCGGUUGGAUACAAUUUUGUAAUUAAUUGGAACGGUACAUUUGUAAAUGCAGUAUUAAAUUCUGAGGGAUAUGGACGUA